AUGGGCGGCAACCAAUCAUGGGUCACAGAGCUCAUCUUGGUGGGACUUCGGCUCAGUGCAGAGAUGGAGCUGUUCCUCUUUUGGGUCUUCUCCUUGCUCUACAUCUUCAGCCUACUGGCCAAUGGCAUCAUCCUGGGACUCAUCUGUGUGGAUCCCCGGCUACACACCCCCAUGUAUUUCUUUCUCUCACACCUGGCGGUCCUCGACAUGUCCUAUGCUUCUAACAAUGUCCCCAAGAUGUUGGCCAGCCUGGUGAGCCAGCAAAGAGCCAUCUCUUUUGUACCUUGCUUGGUGCAGACGUUCCUGUAUCUGGCUUUGGCAGCUACAGAGUGCUUGAUUUUGGCAGCAAUGUCUUAUGACCGGUACGUGGCCAUCUGCCACCCGCUGCACUACACUGUCAUCAUGAGCUGGAGGGUGUGCGUGGCCCUGGCUGUCACUGCCUGGUCAUGUGCCUUUGCGCUCUCUGUGGCGCACACCAGCCUCCUCCUGAGGUUGCCCUUCUGUGGACCCCGGGAAGUAAACCACCUCUUCUGCGAAAUCCUGGCUGUCCUCAAGCUGGCCUGCGCUGGCACCUGGGUCAACCGCAUUGUCCUCCUGGCUGCCUGUGUCUUCGUCUUAGUGGGGCCCCUCUGUUUGAUGCUCAUCUCCUACGUGCACAUCCUGUGGGCCAUCCUCAAGAUCCAGUCCAAGGAGGGCCGCAGAAAGGCCUUCUCCACUUGCUCUUCCCACCUCUGUGUGGUCGGGCUCUUCUUUGGGAUAGCCAUGGUGGUUUAUAUGGUCCCUGACUCGAGCCAGCGAGAAGAGCAGGAGAAAAUGCUGUCACUGUUCCACAGUCUCUUCAACCCCGUGCUGAACCCCCUCAUCUACAGUGUGAGGAACGCGCAGGUGAAGGAAGCCUUCCUCAGGGUCCUCACGAGGGCCAGAAAGAACGCUGCUGGCGGAGUGCUUCUCUGA